CAAGAUCCCCCAUGCAGGAAUCUUUCCAGGGGAACUUAAGAUCACCAGGAUUCAUUUGCCAUUUUGGACCCUUUGCUGCUAUUUGCCAGAACCCUCACAGCUGCAGGGGGCACUGAAAGGCAGGAGACCAGACUCUGACACCCAACAGGCUUCCCAGGGCCAGCUGGGCUAGGGAAACGCCUGUGGCACUUCCCCAGAUCUCCCAGUCUGGUGGCCCCCACUGCUGAGGAAAAGCGAUGGAUUUCCUAGUCUUCCUGGACCGCUACCAGCGAGUACAUCUGCUCAGCAGUCUCUUCGUCCUCACUCACCUACUCUUCCUCCUUCAGCCUGGGGAGAUGCACUCAGAGGAGGUCAGGGUGGUAGGCCUUGGGGAACCUAUUCUGGCACACGUCGGGGAUGAGGUGGAAUUCUCGUGCCACCUGUCGCCGUACCGGGACGCCGAGCACAUGGAGAUCCUCUGGUUCCGGAGCCAGACCUCAGACGUGGUGCACCUGUACCGGGAGCGGCAGGAGUUCUACGACCAGCAGAUGGCGCAGUUCCAGAACAGGACCGAACUCCUCACUGAAAAUAUCGCUGAUGGCAGCGUGACCCUGCGGCUGCGCGGUGUGGUCCCCGCUGACGAGGGUCCAUACGGGUGCCGCUUCCUCUCCAGCGACUUCGCUGAGGAAGCCGUCUGGGAGCUGGAGGUAGCAGGGGUGGGCUCUGACCCUCACAUCUCCCUUGAGGGCUUCAAGGAGGGAGGCAUUCAGCUAACGUGCAGCUCCAGUGGCUGGUACCCCAAGCCACAGGCUCAGUGGAGAGACCAUCAGGGACGCUGCCUGUCUCCAGAGACUGAAGCCAUCGUCAAGGAUGCCCAAGGCCUGUUCAGUCUGGAAACCUCUGUGGUCGUCCAAGAGGGAGCCCACAGCAACGUGUCCUGCUCCAUCCAGAACCUCCUUCUGAGCCAGAAGAAAGAGUUUGUGGUCCAGAUAGCAGACAUAUUUUUACCGGGAACCUCCCCCUGGAAGAGAGCUUUCCUCGGGACUCUGGUAGGACUGCUGCUCCUCCUGGCUCCCCUCACAAUGCUGGUGCUGUACUUCUUUCGGAAGCAACGGAGAUCCCAAGAGAAGCUGAAGAAGCAGGCAGAGAAGGACAAAGGAAAACUCAAAGCGGAGUUGGAGAAGCUUCAAGUGGAGCUGGAGUGGAGAAGGGCUGAAGGCCAGGCUGAGUGGAAGGCAGCCCAACAACAUGCAGUGAAUGUGACCCUGGAUCCUGGCUCCGCCCACCCCAGCCUGGAGGUCUCGGAGGAUGGCAAGAGCGUGUCCUCCUGCAGAGAGGUGCCAGGCUCGGCGGCGGGUGACCCUCAGCGGUUCUCUGAGCAGAUGUGCGUGCUGAGCCGGGAGCGCUUCUCCUCGGGCAGCCACUACUGGGAGGUGCACGUGGGCCGCCGUAGCCGCUGGUUCCUGGGCGUGUGCCUGGCAGCAGUGCCACGCUCAGGACAGGCGCGCCUGAGCCCGGCGUGUGGAUACUGGGUGAUGGGGCUGUGGAACGGCUGCGAGUACUUCGUGCUGGACCCGCACCGCGUCGCGCUCACCUUGCGCGUGCCGCCCCGGUGCGUGGGCAUCUUUCUGGACUGCGAGGCGGGAAAGCUGUCCUUCUUCAACGUAUCCGACGGCUCCCACAUCUUCACCUUUACUGACACCUUCUCGGGGGCACUCUGCGCGUAUUUCAGGCCUAGAGCCCACGACGGUAGCAAACACCCGGAUCCACUCACCAUCUGCCCAUUGCCAGUGAGAGAGAAACGCGUCUCUGAAGAGGAGGGCAGUGACACCUGGUUACAGCCCUAUAAGCCCUCGGACCCCGCCCUGGGCCUGUGGUGAGGCUCCCUCAUGGCCACAGGACUCGGUCCUGGGCGGCUUUCUGGAUACCCAUUCAGUGCUUUGCUCUCCCACUUCUUGCUUCCUCUAGAGCAAACAAAUACACCGAUCCCAGUGUCUGCGCAAAAAUGUCAGCAAAGGUUAAAAGGCUCAGUGUUGCAGAAGGGGGGCAAAGAGAGACCUUUGUCUAUGCAGAUGUGUAUGUGCACGUGUAUGAAUAUGAUUUUCUUUGAAGAAAAGGCAAUUCCAGAAAGAGAAAAAUAUCGUAUAUUAACACAUAUAGGCGGAAUAUAGAAAAAUGGUACAAAUCAAUCGGUUUGCAAGGCAGAAAUAGAGACAGAGAUGUAAAAAACAAACAUAUGGACACCAAGUGGGGAAAGUGGGGAGGGUUGGAGGGGAAUGAGUUGGGAGAUUGGGAUUGCUAUAUAUACAUUACUAAUAAGAAAAAAAAUACCAAAUAGUACACUCUAAAUAUGCAGUUUAUUGUAUGUCAACUGUAUCUCAAAAGUUCUUUAAAAAAUAAAAACACUGAU